AUGCAUCAACAAAAAAGACAACUAGAGUUAGUGAAAGGAAAUCUUCCUGUUUUUGUGUUUCCCACAGAACUAAUAUUUUAUGCAGAUGACCAGUCAACACAUAAGCAAGUGCUGACUUUAUAUAAUCCCUAUGAGUUUGCCUUAAAGUUCAAAGUUUUGUGUACUACUCCAAAUAAGUAUGUUGUCGUUGAUGCUGCAGGUGCAGUAAAGCCUCAGUGUUGUGUGGAUAUUGUGAUUCGUCAUAAAGAUGUUCGAUCCUGUCACUAUGGAGUAAUAGACAAAUUCCGUCUGCAAGUUUCCGAACAAAGCGAGAGAAAGGCUUUAGGAAAGAAAGAGGUUGUGGCUACUCUUCUCCCUUCUGCAAAAGAGCAACAAAAGGAAGAAGAGGAAAAAAGAAUAAAGGAACCAUUAAGUGAUAGCUUAUUUUUUGAGCAGUCUUUUCAACCAGAAAACAGAACUGUCUCCUCAGGACCUAGUUUACUAACUGUCUUCCUGGCAGUGGUGUGCAUUGCAGCUCUGAUGCUUCCUACACUGGGGGAUGUGGAAUCGCUGGUGCCUCUCUACCUCCACUUAAGUGUGAAUCAAAAAUUAGUGGCUGCUUACAUCUUAGGUCUUAUCACAAUGGCUAUAUUUAGAACAUGA